UGUUGUUGUUGUUGUUGUUGUUUUUGUAGUAGUAGUAGUAGUUGUUGUUUUUGUAGUAGUAGUAGUAGUUGUUGUUGUUGUUGUUGUUGUUUUGUUUUUGUAGUAGUAGUAGUAGUAGUAGUAGUAGUAGUAGUGCCCACCAUGCCAGCACUAAGGGAGCGGUGGCCUCAUAGUGAAGGUGGGCGCGGAUACCCCAAGGUGGGCAGCUGGGGUAUGAUAUCUCGGGGCACUCACUGGUCACCCCACCCGCCCCUCCACGCCCACCACGCCCCCUCCACACUUCCCGGCGUCCACGCACACUCGCUAAACACACUCAAACAUACUCAAACGCACUCCAACGUUUUAAAACACACUCAAACACAUGUAAACACACUCAAAAACACUCAAAACACACUAGAUGCACACUCAAACACACGCAAACACACACAGACACAUGUAAACACACUCAAAAACACUCAAAACACAGUAGAUACACACUCAAACACACGCAAACACACACAGACACAUGUAAACACACUCAAAAACACUCAAAACACAGUAGAUACACACUCAAACACACGCAAACACACUCUAAACGCACGAACACACACACUAACACAUCCAAACACGCCCAAACACACUCAUACACAAAAAAAUAGCUUUAGACAAUCAGUGGGGGGUGGUGGUGGUGGUGGUGGUGGUGGUGGGGGGACUGUCAACCACCAUCACCACCAUGAUAAGAUAGCAAUAGUCAAUAGUCUAAAUGUACUAUCACCUGACCAAGGGAGGUGUGUUGAUAAUUCUUCCUCUUCUUCUUCUUCUUCCUCUUCUUCUUCUUCUUCUUCCUCCUCUUCUUCUUCCUCUUCUUCCAAAGUGCUUAGUUCUUAUUUUUUCUCUUCCUUCUCUUCCAAUAAGUUAUUCAAUCCUCUCUCCUCCUCCUCCUCCUCCUCCUCCUCCUCCUCCUCCUCCUCCUCCUCCUCCUCCUCCUCCUCCUUCUCCUCUCAAUCACCAAUCAUCUGUUUCUCUUCUGAAUUACUAUCAAAUACCUCCUCCUCCUCCUCCUCCUCCUCCUCCUCCUCCUCCUCCUCCUCCUCCUCCUCCUCUUCCUCCUCCUCCUCCUCCUCCUCCUCCUCCCCACCUCACCACCACCACCACCAGCACACAAAGCCAGACAGUGUUAGUGUGCCCGCUCUCGCACGCGCACAUGCACACGUGGACACCACCUGCCCACGUGACCCUAGUGACCUGUGUGACCCUCGUGAUGUGACCUUGAAUCUCGGGAAAUUUAAAAGUAACGAGAGAAGAAAGAAAAUGUCGGAUAUUAGUGUUGAAUUGGCCCAAACUACUGAAACUAUCGGUGGUUGUGAUAGUUCAGGGGGUGGUGGUGGUGUGUGUGACCCUGGUGAUGCUGGUGACCCCCCUCAAGCACCGUCAGGUCAAGCGAGGUCACAGAAAACGAGGCUUAGCUUCCUGUCCCACCUUCCAAAAUUUAACAAAAUUUAUGAAAACACUGAUAAAAACGCAAAAAACACUGAAAUUAUUGGUGACUAUGAUAGUUUAGAUGGUGGUAGUGGUGCAUGUGACCCUGAUAGUACCAGUGACCCCGCCUCAAACGCCCCCAGGUCAAGCGAGGUCACAGAAAAUGGACAAGUCAAUUUCCCAUCUUCCUUUGCCUCGUCAGUCUACAUUUACUGUGUCUAAGGGAGGUAUAGGAGACAAGGUGGGGGUUAUGGGGGGUGUCAAUGGGGGGUGGGGUCUCUCCCUACUCCCCCGGUCCCCCAUAAACCCCCAGUCGCAAUGAGCCACCGUGGGAGGGAAGGCAAGAAAGCAGGAGGAGGAGGAGGAGGAGGAGGUGGAGGAGGUGGAGGAGGAGGAGGGGGAAGCACUGGAUCCCUUGACACCCCCCCACACCCCCACACGAAGGGGAGACUUUUGAAAAUAGGAGUAAAAGAUGAUUUGAAGAAAAAGACUGCUGUUACUGCGACUGCUGCUGCUGCUGCUACUACUACUACUACUACUAGUACUACUGGUUCUCCUGCUACCACUGCUGGCCUUGUCACUCCAGUUAGCAGGACCCGAUCAGCUUCUAGGGGGUCGUCGGUGGCCAGUCCACGAGGCAACCACAAGCCCUCGUCAGUCGCCCCUGCACCGUCCCGCCCAGCAUCCAGGCCGGGCUCCCUCAACCGGUUCGGCUUCCGGUCGGGCAGCUCGUCAGGGCGGGUCAAGCCGGGCGACAGCACAGACAGUGUCAAUUCAAUCCUUAGUGAUGCACAAACCGCCACUGACUCCGACCUCUGUGACCUGUGUGACCUGGCUGGGGAGAAUGUCAUGUCAGGGCAGGAGGAUGAUCCUGGGCAAGGCAGAGGUCAGCAGCAGGGUCACGUUUCAAGGUCAGGUCAGUCACCACUUAACAAACCAGAGUCUGCAGGGAAGCCGAGUCAAGAAUACCAGCUUUCCAAGACACAAGAUUCCGAAACUUGCAAAGAUUCCCGUUUUUGGAUCCCCAGGCUGACCGAUCACCACGGCCUGGCUCUGUAACUGCUGGGGGUCUUGUUGGGACCUGUGGCAGCAAUUAUAGCAGUGCCAGAUCAUCUCCGAAUCCGUCAGGCCGCAUCACAGCCACGACACGGCACCUGCCUAAACCUCAGAUCGUUACCGUCAAAUCUGUUGGGAACCCUAGGAAUUAUCCACCAAAUCUCUCAACGCAGAUAUUCCCAGACACCACAGGGAGAUUCAAGUCCCCCAAGGCAGCCUCACGCGUAUCUAGGGACUCAGAAAGCUCAUACAAGUCCAC